ACGUCCUCUUCCAUUCUUCAUCAUCACAUUUCUCACCAUUUUCAACAACCAACACACAAAUUCUCUCUCUCUUUCUCUCUCUCUCUCUCUACAAAAACAUUCACUCCUCAACUCAAAUUGCAGAAAAAAAUGGCGGCACUGUCAACAUCACCAAUGAACAACAACAACAACUUGAACUUGAACACAAUUGACACCAACUUCGAAGUUGAUAAACUCACCUAUGAAAUCUUCUCCAUUUUAGAAAACAAGUUCUUAUUCGGAUACACCGACACCGAAAAAGCGAAGAAUUCGCUUUCAAUUGAUGUCAAACAAGCUAAAAACGCCGCCGGGAAAGUCAGAAUUCUCUGCAUUGACGGCGCCGGUUACACCGACGGCAUCCUUGCCGCGAAAUCGCUAUCUCACCUUGAAUCCUGCCUCAGACGUAAAUCCGGUAACAAUAACUCUCAUAUUGCUGAUUUCUUCGACGCCGUCGCCGGCUCCGGUGUCGGUGGUGUUCUCGCUGCACUCCUUUUCACCCGUGGAAAAGACGGAUUACCUCUGUUCACCGCUGAUGAAGCUUUGAAGUUUCUGAUCAACAACCGUAACAAAAUUUCCCGACGAUCUGGGAUUCUCCGGCGAGUUUUCUCACCGGAAACAAAAUCGGAGAAGCUUUUCCGAAAAACAUUCGGAGAAUGCACAUUGAAAGACACAUUGAAACCGAUUUUGAUUCCAUGCUACGAUCUCGUCACGCGCGCACCGUUCGUUUUCUCCCGCGCCGACGCGCUCGAAAUCGACGGUUACGAUUUCAAGAUGCGUGAUGUGUGUGCUGCCACGUCAGCUGAUCCAGCGGCUGCGAUUGAAUUGAAGUCCAUUGAUGGAAAGACGAAGAUCUUAGCCGUUGAUGGAGGUGUUGCGAUGAACAAUCCAACGGCUACUGCUGUUACUCACGUGCUUAAUAAUAAACAUGAGUUUCCGUUUUGUAACGGUGUUUCUGAUUUGUUGGUGCUUUCUCUUGGUAACGGAGAGUUGGACUUUAACGCCGUUAAGUCUCCGUCAGGUUUCGUGAGAAUUGCUGGUGAAGGAGCUUCCGAUAUGGUUGAUCAAGCUGUAUCAAUGGCAUUUGGAGAAUGUAGAUUGAACAAUUAUGUGCGGAUUCAAUCAAAUGGGGCGAUGGCUAAGGUAAAUAAAGGAAAGCCGGCGAAAACGGUGUCGGAUUUGGUGGCGGUUUCAGAGGAGAUGUUGGCCCAAAAGAAUGUUGAGUCUGUUUUGUUUAAAGGAAGGAAGGUUGUGGAGAACACAAAUUUGGAUAAGUUGGAGUUGUUUGGGGGAGAGUUGAUUAAGGAAGAAGAAAGGAGAAAGACUAGUAUUUUACCAACUGUUGUGUUGAAGAAUGGAUCUCCCUCUCCUAGAACUUCAUCUCCUAGGACUUCAUCAGCUACUACUUUGUCAACUUCAUCUUCAAGCUCUUAGAUGAUUGAAGAGAAGAGAAGAAAAAAGAGGAAAAUUAAUAGGAAUAUAAUCUAAAAAUUAGGUUUUCUCGUGGGUUUAAUUAUUUUUUUAUAUUUGCGAGUUUUGAAACUUAAUGUCUUGUGGUUUUGGGUUAGCUGCCGCUUGAGAUGAUUAAGAAAGUCUGAGCUGUGCAGCGUUGAAUCCAUCCUCAAUACUACUACUACCUACCUACAUUAUAUUUAUUUUAUUUUUUUUAUCUUUAUUUAGUUUUUGGUAUAUAUUACUUGUAUUUUAGUGAUAGUGAUUUGUUCAUAUGGGUAUUGUAAAAGGAUGAAUUUUGUAUAAGGUUAGAGUUGUGUUUGAUUUGUGAGAGUUAGAUUGUAAUGUUCAGUCAAAAUGUCUGAUCUAAUUGUAUUUGUGACGUUUUGAAACAUUGAUCAUGGAUUUUAUUUUAUUUUGUUGAAAAA